CCAGAAGGUGCCGCUUUAUGAUGACGCUUGUCCCAAACACUGAAAGCCUCUUGGAGAACCAUAAGCCAUGUCUCGUCCAACCGUCCCAUCAUCUGCUGGCCCAUCCUUCCGACGGCGGGGAAGAAGAGGACGAUUUCAUUCCAGGAGUCGACCCAGAGACGAGCUGCGUUGACCCCAACCAGUUGAGCCCGACGCAGGGCCUGUAAGCCUGACGGCGCCUUGGCAGCGUAGCCAGCGACCACAGAAAACAAAGACCACCGAUCCAACAUGUCGCCAACCGCCGACUUCGAGCAGGAGGCGGGCGCCGGCCGACGGCUCUACACAAAGCCACACUCGGGCAGGCGGCCGAUCCCCACAAUCCAUGGCUAUAGGGAACACCGCAAGGAACUGGAGGGGCAGCUGAACGAGACGGAGGAGGCCCAGCACGAACCCGAGGACGACUCGAAGCCGAAGCGUGCCUUCAACUCGGUCAAGGCUAUUUUCAAGGAGGAGGAGGGGCCCAAGUCUGGCCACGACCCGUUCCCAUCGGUAAAUCGCAAUCUCGAGGACAGAAAGAGGAGGGAUGCGGAUGAUAGCGGCUUCUCAAGUGGCGACUCAGAGGGACAGGAGAGCAGGGACACCGAAGGACGAAAAGACGACCAAGAUCACGGCAGGAGCAAGAAAAAGAGCAAGGAUGACAAGAACAAACAACAGAAGUCAGCCACCGAGGCCGCGGCGUCGGCCAUCGACCCUCGAGAGAAGCGCAAAGCCAUGAAGAAGACAAAGCGGACGGGUGGCGGCCGCGAAGUCACGGACCCCGUCACACACCUGCCCAUCAUAAUCCACGAUCACACCGACAAAGACCUACAGUCCGCCGAACAAAACCUCCCAGAGCCAGGGACCGACCAUCGAACCGCCAGGGGCCUCCGCGGCGCCACCAAGUCCGACGAGGAGCUAGAUGUUGAGCAGAAGGAGCUCCAGCAAUCUUACAAUGGCAUGGUCAAGAUGUUCCCGCCGCCCGACUUCGACGAGCUCAGACGCGAACUCGAAAACGUAUACCAGCAAGCACUCAUUGCCGGCCUUGCCAUAACGGCCACGUUGACGGCGACCGUGGUGUCGUUCUUGUGCAAAGGGCCUGUUGAGGGCCCCAAGAACAUAAUCGGGACACUCUAUGGCUACCUAUCGAACACGGCUUUUGUCUCCAUCUGCUGCGCCAUAGUCGCGGCGGGCAUCAUAGGCGUCGGCACGUGGGUGCGAAACAAGGUGGCCGCCCUGUUCGACGACGAGACGUGGGACGCGGCACGCCGCGGAGAGGCCGAGGUGGUGGGCUCGGAUGCCGAGCUUCCGGAAUCGACGCAGUGGCUGAACAGUCUCUUCUCCAACAUCUGGCCCCUGAUAAACCCCGACCUUUUCGUUUCCAUGAUCGACAUGAUCGAGGACGUCAUGCAGGCCUCCCUGCCGCGCGUCAUCAAGAUGGUCAGUGUCGAGGACAUGGGCCAAGGAAGCGAGUCGUUCCGAGUCCUCGGCAUCCGCUGGCUGCCCACCGGUGCCGCCUCGCAGACGGUCACGCCCGAGGGCCAGCUCGAGAGGCCUGAAAAGAACACCUCCAAAGAUUCCAAAGAUGCGCUCAACUCGGGUGGUGGCGGCGACGAAUCGCAGAAUGCACCGAGGCGCAGCGGCGACGGAAGCGAUUGCGAGAACGAUGACAUGGCCGUCCAACUCACCCAGCAGGAACAGCAGGACCAGGCCGCUAUGAAGCAAGGGUUGGAGGGAGAAGAAGGUGACUUUGUCAACCUGGAACUGGCAUUGGCAUACCGAAGUCGCUCCUCGGGCAAGUCCAUCAAGAGCAAAGCCAAGAACGCCCAUCUGUACAUCAAGUUCUACCUCCCCGGAGGUCUUGCUGUACCCGUCUGGGUCGAGCUCAAGGGCUUCAUCGCGACGCUGAGAGUCCGCCUCCAACUGACACCCGACCCACCCUUCAUCAGCCUCUGCACCUUGACAUUCCUUGGCCAACCCCGGGUUAGCCUGUCAUGCGUGCCGUUAUCCAAGCACAGCCUCAACAUCAUAGACGUGCCCCUGAUCUCGUCCUUCGUACAAUCUAGUGUCGAUGCGGCUGUGGCAGAGUAUGUCGCUCCCAAGAGCCUGACGUUGAACCUGAAGGACAUGCUGGUCGGAGAUGACUUCAAGAAGGACACCUUCAGCCGCGGCGUGGUUUGGAUCUUCAUCAAGCAGGCUCGCGGGUUCAAGCAGGGCGACAGCGGACUGGGCCCUUUCAACGAGGCGUCGAGCGAUUCCUAUGUCACAGUCUCCUGGGGAAAAUUCGGCAAGUCCGUCUCGUCGACUCGAAUAGUCAUGAACGAACAGCAACCAGACUGGCACGAAUACGCCAGCAUCCUGGUGACACCCGAGGAGCUCAACGCGGAAGAGAAGCUGCGACUUCAGCUGUGGGACUCGGACAGGUGGACUGCCGACGACGACCUCGGACGGGUUGAGAUUGACCUCAAGUACCUCAUGUCCUGCGAAGACACGAGGAACCGCAUGCAGGAUCGUGAGGAUAAGUUCAGAGGCCAGGAUUCCAGCGAGAUGCUGCCGGGGACGCUAACCUGGUCUGUGGGGUACUUCACGAAGCCACGCAUCGGCGAAGAAAAGCUGGCCAAGCAGACGGUCAACCCGGAGAUCACAACAAAGGAACAGCUCAAGGAACGCGUUUCGAAGCUGACAGAGCGCAAGCUCAGGGAGUCCGGCGCCGACCCCCACGACGAUGUGGUCCACCAGCAAAAGGCACAGGACUACAAGGAGAUUGAGGACAGUAUGAUAAUAUCGGCGCCCCCUUCCGAGGAGCACGUCUCGGGCAUCCUCAGCAUCCAAAUCCACAACAUCACGGGCCUAGAGGUGCAACGCCUCAACCGGCGCGAUCGCGAGGCCAUGAAGGACUACGCCGAGGAGAGCGAGCAGGAGGACGACAUGCCCGACAGCUACUGCACCAUCAUCCUCAACCACAAGAAGAUUUACAAGACGCGCACCAAGCCCAAGAACUCGAAGCCCUUCUUCAACGCGGGCACCGAGCGCUUCAUCAAGGACUGGCGCACCACCGAGGUUAUGAUCGCCGUGCGCGACUCGCGCGAGCGUGAGGACGACCCCCUCAUCGGCCUCGUCUUCUUGCCGCUCGCCAAGGUCUUUUCCAGGCGCAGCCAGAUCCACGAGGACUUCCCUCUCGUCGGCGGCAUCGGAUACGGCCGCGCGCGCGUCAGUCUUGUCUGGCGCAGCGUCGAGAUGAACCUGGAGCCUAACCUGAUAGGCUGGGACUACGGCACCCUCGAGGUCUGCGGCCCUGUCAGGGAGGCGAGCAAGGACAACCUCCCUUCGGACCUGCGCCAGCACCGCAUCAAGCUGCGCACCAACAUGGGCAAGCUCAAGAUGCAGCCGCGGGGCAAGAGGAGCAAGGACAAGGGAAACGCCGAUACCGACAGCGACGGCCGACAGGAGUGGUGCCCGAGGGAGAAGCGGCUGCGUGAGAACGCCUUCCUCCCCGUGCGCAGGCGGUACGCGUCGGCGCUGGUGAUCGAGUUCCGCGAGUCGGCGAUUGGGCCCGACCGCACGCCCGCCUUUGCCGUCAUCUGGCUGCACGAGCUGACGGACGAGGAGGGGCGGACGUUUAAGCUCAAGGUCUGGAAGGGCGGCAAGAACAACCUGCGCCGCGCCGAGAGCUGCUGCGACUAUGACGGCAUGCACGACGGCGAGGAGGAGCUGGGCGAGGUCGAGCUCACGCUCAAGUUCUGGAGGGGCCUGUCGGGCUACCACAAGAGCUACGCGUCGCAGAGCAAGAAUGCGGACAUGCGGAACGUCAUGGAGUGUCUGGAUACCAUUACGGAUGAGGGUUUGAGGGACGAUGAGGGUGAUGAGACGGACGAUACCGAGCCCGAUAGCGAGGACGAAGACGUUGGUAAAGAGGGAGAUGAUCAAGAUGCACCUGUGGACGGAGGCGAGAUCGAUACAGACGAAAAGGGUGAGCCGGAGGAAGCAAACAAAGAGACGGCGGAUACGAAUGACUCCAAGGCAGACAAGGAGGCGGUGGCAGCCAAGCGAAAAAGGCUGCAGGUGCACACAAACGACUCCUCGAGCGGGUCUGACUCCGACUCUGACAAGGACAACGACGGAGACGACAGCUUCGGCAAGGGCGGAGACGACGACGGCAGCGAUAGCCGGGAAGCGUCUCCCCUGAAGCGGCUCUCGCGUUUCAAAAAGAUCAAGAGCAUCUUCCGGUCGCCCGUCGACGGCGGCACCAAGGCGGUGCUCUCGGUGGCGACGGCGGGCCACGACGGCGACGGCGGCGGCGACGGCGGGGUGCGCGGGCGGCUCAAGGACUACAAGGACCACCACAAGCAGCUGCACCGCAAGCACCGCGGCGUCAUGCAGUGGCGCGCCGCGCGCCAGGCCGACCACGUCGGCGGCAAGCUGAGCCGGCUCAAGGGCACCGUCGGGGGCAUGUUCAAGCACAAGGAGAAGGAUGUCGGGAUCGAGACGGAGGUGUAAGGGGGUCGGUAACUGGGCUAUGAUGAUUUUGGUAACAUUGUCGACGCAGGAAUGAAUAAUACAUAGUGAAUCCUUCUGGCAUCCUAGCCAAGCAUCAAGCCUGCCCAUGUACCUCCCGAAACUUGUCCAACCGCUCCGAA